UUAUUCUCUACCAAUCAGGCCUCGUGCUCGUAGUGACGUCACGCGUGGUGGGUACGCGCUGCUCUCGGUCUUUUUUGUGAACUUGCAGAGAAGAGAGAGAAGCGAACUACGAGACAACUUUCACAAGCUGACGAUAAAAAGCGACACCAAAACCAGAAGGAAUUGACUCGGUUUUUUAUUUGAUUGAAUGCAAGAUAAAAUGGAUGAUUACGGGAAUCCACUUUCCGAAUUCGAGCUCAAGCGACUGGAAAAUAUCAGAAAAAACAACGAGCUUCUGAGAAGUCUAGGACUUUCUGUACCAAAGGACCCUAAAAUCCCCAAAAGAGUGAAAGUCGUUCAACCAAAAAGGAAGAAGAAGAAAAGUUUAAAGACUGGUCAGAGUCUAUUUGAUGCGAGUGACUCAAGUAGUGAAAGCAGCACAGAUAGUGAUGAAGAUUGGGUGCCAGGGGUCACCGAGGAGACCUUGAAAAAGAGGAAGAUGUUCCAAAAGUUUAGACCAGAGUUUCGUCCAAAAAGAAAUGAAACAGUGGGCACUAAUUCAUCAAGAAAAAAGAACUCCUUAACUGAAUGUAAGAAUACCCAGCAACAAGAGACAGUUGAUGACUUUGAAGAGCUGGGCCACAUAGCUGAGGAGCUAGAUGUUGACAGUUCUCUGUUUGACGAUGCUCCAUCUGACAAAGUAAAACACGACACGGGUGCAAGAUAUCCCAAGAGGCCUCGCGCUACACCGAGCAAUUACAGAGAAGCUGAGGUGCCAGAUGACGACCACUACUUGUUUUGUGAGGAAUGUCAAGAGCUUCACUAUGGAGAUUGCCCGAUCCAUGGCCCCUUGGAAAGCAUUCCAGACACAGCUGCAACCGCCAGUGCCAUGACAGCAGCAAGAUCGAGUCUUCCAAGCUGCCUAGAAAUCAGACCAUCACCCAUACUAAAUGCAGGGCUUGGUGUCUUUGCAAAGUCGUCGAUAGCAAAGCGUGUCAAGUUUGGUCCAUACAAAGGAAGAAAAGUCAAGAUCGAUGAUGAGCAAAUGGAUGAAGACACAAGCUACAUGUGGGAGAUAAGCAAAGAUGGCAAAUUCAACCAUUUUGUAGAUGGGCACAAUGAAGAAGACAGUAAUUGGAUGAGGUUCGUCAACUGUUCCCGCUGUGAAAGAGAGCAGAAUCUUGUAGCGUUCCAGUAUCGUGGACAGAUAUAUUACAGAUCCUACAAAGAUAUCAACCCUGGGGCAGAGCUGCUUGUGUGGUACGGGGACAAGUACGCUAACGACCUUGGAAUCGAGCUCGAGGAAAUGAAAAAUUCGACCGACCAAUCUUAUGAUCGUAAGUCUUUAUUACUUCUUCGUUGUUUUUGCUGCUGUUGAACAUAUUGUUGUCACUUGUUAUGUCACUUCAAAGAGA